AUGAACUCACAGGAGUGGGGCGUAGCGGGCGAGGGGCACCGGGCUCCCACCGAGGCGCUGAAUAAAACGCCAUUCAAUGUGGUGGUGCAAGCUUUUGCGGGGAGAAACUUUUUGGCCCUCAGGCUGGAAGCAGGAGAAGAGCUUGGCCUGCUGACCGCUAGCGACAAGGAGCUGCUCACGGACAAACUGAAAUGGAGGUUGCAAGCGACGCAGGAGAGGUACAAGAUUAAGCUGGUCGAAGAAAGAUGCGUCAGGGCAGAGGAGAGAGACGAAGAACUCAGGAAGCUGAACAUUCUCACCAGGCAAAGGAGAGCAGCAGCAGCCGGAGAAGAACUUCUGCCUGUCUGUGGAUUCGCAGCAAAGCGGGGGAGCCCGUCUGACACGUGGUGGUUAACACCACAAGAGAGGAGCCUGAUCUGGGCUCUCCAGAUAGCAAACCCCUGCUCUCCUACGAACUGGCCGCUGCUUGCCGCGCAAGGGAGAUUCUCAGAACUGCAGCUCAAAAGCCUCGCCGCAUCGUCAAUCGACCUGGCAAGAACGGUAGAAGCUGUCGCCUUCAAAGCAGUCAGAAUGAUGCAGGGCUUCGAAGCGGAAAGGAGGGAGAAGCGGCUGAUAGAAAACUUGGGCAAGUUAGUGGGAAAGGAGAAGUUAGUCGGCUGCCGAUUCAAGUAUAGGCCUGCAGAAGAUGUGCACCGGGUGUUCGUAAAAGUGACGGGGCUUUCAGAAAACGAAGGUGGACUCGAGCUCAAGGACCUGGAGUCGGAGGAAACGUACAGUAAGGUCCAGCCAAAAGAGCUGUCAGUGGGGGUUAGAAGUCGGAAUGAGGGAGACCCGCUGAUUGCGCUGCUCAAGGAGAACGGAAUGGAAGCUGAUCCUUUUCUGAAGCCCUCCAGAAUGUCUCCAGACCCGCGCGACCGGUCAGAAAGGUUCGAGACGCCAGAAGAGGGAGCGUACGAAUUCUCCCAGAGGCGCAAGACUCCUGGAAGGUUCCGGUCUCCUUGGGAAGGGGGGCUAGGUGUGAAUGCGCACCAGAGGGAUCCCUUCGGUCGCUACAGGGAAGAAGAGUGGGGCGCAUUCGAGAUUCCUGAACUGGGCCGUGAUAAAGAGCUGCAGCGAGAAAGGUCCGGCCUGUUUCAGGGGGCAGCAAGGCAAGAAGAAAGGGAUCUGGAUGGGAGAGCCAGGCAGGACCGGAAUUCACCUCAGCAAGUGGAAGGCUUUAGGGGGGCCCCCCCGGGGUUUGCUCAGAGGGGAGAAGAGGAAACUCAGUAUAACACCCAGUACCCACCUGUGACGAUUACGUCUGGUUAA